GUUCUGGUUUCGCAAUUGGUGACAAAUCUCUCGGUUUCAUAUAAAGCGGUUUUAGAAUCAUCUUCAUCACCGUUUAAUCCCCAUCUCUCACACUUUUCCCAGGUAUAAACCAUGAUGCUUCGCACAGCCCUGAGAGGCGGAUCCAAGUCCCUCACAAGAACGCUCUCUACACUGCCAACGACUCAGACAUCAACACUUCCGAAUGGCCUGGUUGUGGCGUCGGAAAAGAUCCCAGGUCUCUCCACGGCCACCGUGGGCAUGUGGAUCGACGCUGGGUCCAGAGCUGAGAACGCUAAGAACAACGGUACUGCGCAUUUCCUGGAGCAUCUAGCGUUCAAGGGCACCCAGAGAAGAUCGCAAUUACACCUUGAGCUGGAGAUUGAGAACCUGGGUGCACAUCUCAACGCUUACACCUCCAGGGAGAACACGGUGUAUUACGCCAAAUCAACGGAAGGCGACAUUUCUCAGUCGAUCGACGUUCUCAGCGAUAUCCUGACGAAGUCUGUGUUGGACCCAAAGGCCAUUGAAAGAGAACGUGACGUUAUCAUCAGAGAGUCUGAAGAGGUUGAUAAGAUGUACGAUGAAGUUGUCUUUGAUCAUUUGCACGCCAUUUGUUAUAAAGACCAACCAUUGGGACGUACCAUUUUGGGUCCUAUCGAAAACAUCAAGAAGAUCAAAAGAGAUGACUUGAGCACCUACAUUGCAACAAACUACCACGCGGAUCGUAUGGUUCUUGUCGGCGCAGGUGCUGUGGACCACGACAAGUUGGUGGAAUAUGCCCAGCAGUACUUUGGCCAUUUGACUUCCAGUGCCGCACACCUUCCACUGGGCUCUCCAAGAGGACAGCUACCUGUGUUCCACGGUGAUGAGAUCAAGAUCCAGGAAGAUUCGAUUCCGACAACACACAUUGCCAUUGCUUUGGAAGGUGUCUCAUGGAACGCCCCUGAUUACUUCACUGCACUUGUCACACAGUCCAUCGUUGGUAACUGGGAUAGAUCUCAAGGAACGGGCUCUAACUCUCCUUCAAAGCUUGCCCUAGCUGUUGCUGGCGGUGUCUCUGGCGAUGGUAACGAACCAAUGGCUAACUCAUACAUGUCAUUUUCAACGUCAUACUCAGAUACGGGCCUAUGGGGUGUCUAUCUAACAGCUGAUAAACAUACCAACUUGAAGUACGUCAUUGAUGAAAUCGUCAAGGAGUGGAACAGACUCAAGAGAGGCGAGUUUACUGAUGCUGAGGUGCAAAGAGCAAAAGCACAGCUUAAAGCAUCUCUGCUCUUAAGUUUGGAUGGUUCUACUGCUAUUGCUGAAGACAUUGGAAGACAAAUUGUCACUACAGGUAAGAGACUAAGUCCAGAAGAUGUUUUUGAGAAGGUUGAUGUUAUAACAAAAGAUGAUGUUGUCAACUGGGCAAACUACAGAUUAAACAACAAACCAGUGUCGAUUGCAGCAUUGGGUAACGUCACAUCUCUUCCUCCUGUUCGUGAAAUCACCAAAGCACUUGCUUAAGACCUUGUAUAUAUGAAUCGAAUUUCCUGUUUUUUUUCUUCACCACUCCUCUCCUUGUAUAAAUUUCAAUUAUCCUGUUGAAGUACAAGAUCGUCACCGUCUUCGUAA